AUGCUCACCUCAAGCAACUCAAUUACACUUCAUUUGUAUUCGCUGUCAUCUAGCCUUCACUACCGAAAAUACAUGGAAUUGGGCCUUCAACUUCAACUAACUUUAUCACAAUUAGUCCCUCCACCUGAUCUAACGAGAUCACAUGUCGUGGCUUAUACGACUCCACCUCCACCUCCAUUUCCACUGCCACAUUCUUGUGCUGAUGUAGGCGCCGCUAGCAUUGCUACCGCAAAAACACAAUUUAGUCUCCUCUCCGCCACUUCCAAUUUCAAACACAUAACUUCCACACUUAAGACCACCACCAAUACCUUCAUCUCCGCCACCAUAUCCAAUAUCACCUUCAUCGCAGCCCGAUCAAGUGCAUAG